AUGAUGCGUCUCCUCCUCUACGCCGCAGUAACGCACGCUUCCUCAAACCUGCAGACCACGACCAGCAGACCGCCGCCGGGCCCGCCGAAACCGCCGCCGCCGCCGCGCCGGUCGCCCUGGCCGAGCGACCCCGCGGCGCUCGUCAUGGAACGCGCCACGCCGAAGCAUUGGAAGGCCUGCUUCUUCUCCGCGUUACUAAUUGGUUCGGUCCGGUCGGCGGUUGUAGGGUGCCCCUGCGGCCUCUCUAAAUGGCUAAGUUAUAUCAGCGUCGACUGCGAGAGCCGGCGGGCGCGCUGGGUCUCCGUGGGCAUCGUCGCGUGCUUCUACGUUUUAGAGUGUGGCCGCUCAAGCACUUUAAGAUAUGUCCGGGACGUCCGCGCCGCCGAGGCCGUCGACGGCUUUUUGAAGAAUGCGUUAGAUGCUCCACCGGUAAUCACGUGGGCGGCGUCGUCGUACCACUACGAGCGCAGUCGGCGCACGACGGAUGCUUCAUCCAGGCGCGUCGUCACGUCGGUCAAUAGGGACGCGUGGAGCUUCGGCGCGUGGCGCGACGCGUCCGGCGGCCUCGAUGCUUUAGCCAGCAGGUGGCGCGACGCCUGCUUUACGGGUCGAGCAGCGCGACCGUCCCUCGUGAAAAUACGGUUAAGGAAAGCAUUGGUCUUCGACGACCGCGCGACGGAGCGGGACUACCACGGCCAGCUCGCGGCCUUCGCGCGGGCGCAUCGGCACCGCGACGUGCACCUGUCGGUCGAACAGUCUUACAGGUUAAAGGACUGGGAUCUAGACGAGCGCAUGUUGGGUGUCAGGCGGCCGCUCGGCGCGCCGGGCGCGCUCUGGACGCCGGGCGGCUUCUGGCUGUUUGCGGGUCUGGGGCUGACCGUGCCCUACCGCGCGCUGCUGGAGCGGCGCUGCGCCGUCGCCACGCUGGAGGUCGUGAAGCGCGUGCGGAGCCGGCGGCCGGAGGCGCCUGCUGGUUCUGACUAAUGUGCUGUUCGUUGUCCCGGUCGCGUCGAGUCGUCGACGGCGCAACGCUCCCCGCAGGCGGGAGAUGUAUGUUCACAGCACAUAACGAGCCUGAGUCGGAGAGCCGAGUGCGACCGUGACUCGGAAAAUACUAGUACCCGCACGACGCCGCCGACUAAUGUGUUGUGAAUAUUUAUAUGCUCGUAUGCCUGGGUCACGGGCGUCAACGCGAUCUACCCGUCCGUGCACUGCGAGGUGGAGUUCACCGGGCCGUCCGUCGCGGGCCCCCAGUACCUCCUCGAGGUCGAGGCCGACAAGUGCGACUCCGGCUGCACGCCCCAGCUGUCGAACCCGGUCCGGCUCAAGUCCGCCCUCGUGGCCUCGACGGCUGCUGGUGCUGCUACGGCCUUCGUGGGCGGGUCCGCGGCUGGCGCCAUCGAGUCGACGACCGGCGGGUCGGGUGCUGCUGGUUCGACGACGAUUAAUUUAGUGACCGGUGACGGCGUUAAGCUUGGUGACGGAUCGACCGAGCCCACCGCUCCCUUCUACAUCCUGAUCAACAACGAGGUGAUCAAGGUCACCGCCACUGCCACCAAUGGUGAUGCGCUGACCGUCGUGCGUGGCCAGGCAGGCACGACCGAUGUUACGCACAACGACGGGGACACGGUCGAAUUCCUGACCGCGGGCGUUUUCGGCGGCGGCGCGCACCCAGACAUCCUCUCUAACGUCAAGCAGACGGUCCCGGCCGACCACAAUUCCUACGAGUGCGGCCGCCGCGGCAAGUGCGACUACUCCUCCGGCGAGUGCGAGUGCUUCGAGGGCUACAUGGGCGACCACUGCCAGACGCAGACCGCGCUCAUCUAG